AGGUUUGAAGCUUCGGCACUUUUCCUGAGCAACUUUACUUUCUCCCUGUUGACCUGCCUGUCAAGGCAGUUGCUGUGGCUCCGUUCAUGGGUUCUGUGGUGUUCUGUCUAUCAAGGUUAUAAUGUGGUGGGAAGCAGGCAGCGUGUUGGUGGGUCUGGUGGUGUUGAGGCGCCUCUGGAAGUCCUAUGUUGGAGAGAAUGAAGUGAGCAGUAAGGGGCGAGUAAUGGUGAUAACAGGCUGCGACAGUGGGAUAGGCUAUAACCUAGCACUGAGUGCCCACGCCUGGGGCUGGACAGUAGUGGCUACCUGUGUGACACCAGAUGGGAAUGCUGCCUCUCUUCUCCGCCACGCUGGCAUCCACACUGUUGCUCUGGACUUCACUCGUCCAGAUACACUCGCACACCUCAUGGAUCUACUGAAACAACUAAAGGAUAAUAAACAAGAGGUGUGGGGAGUGGUGAACAACGCAGGGUUGUUAACCUACGCCCCGUGUGAGUGGCAGACGAGCACCAUGGUUUGCAGGCAGAUACAGGUGAACCUGAUGGGCGCCAUCGUCGUAACCAGGGCCCUCCUACCUGCCCUCAGAACAAACAAAGGUCGUGUGGUGAUGGUAUCAUCACCAGCAGGGCAGGUAGCCACCACCAACAUGACUGUGUACUGUGCCACCAAGUGGGGUGUGGAGGGCUUUACCCAGGCACUUCGCAGGGAAUUAGCUCCCACUGGAGUCUCCGUCGUACUGGUCAGGCCCUGUAACCUUCCCAACCGCACAGGAAUUUUACGUAACAACGCAGCACAGCUGAGAGAGAUGAUAGAGGAGGCCACAGAGCAAACUCUACAGGAAUACGGGAAGGCCAUGAAGGAAACAGAAGAAGCAUUUAGACAGGCUUUCGAGAGUGUAACCGAGGUGCAGGACCUCCACGACGACUAUCUGCUUCAGUGCUUCCGGUGUGCCAUGAUGAGUACUCGACCCAGGGCCACAUACUCUGCGGCACCGCUGAUGGUACGGCUAUCGCUCCUUCUCUUCCAGCUUCUCCCCACCAGCUGGCUUGACUUUCUCAUCGCCAGAAACUUUUACAACAUUAUUCUCUCUCUUGGCAAAAAUAAUUAGAUAAUUCAGAGCCGAAUAGUUAGCAAGUCACGAAUGUGAUAUGAAUAUCUAAUAAAUUACAAUUCAUAAUU